UUGCCCGGGAACAAUGAUCCGACGGCUGCAGGUCGUCAUCGUUUUGGCUUUGGUUGCCACUCAAGUGGAACUGGCUAGAAGUUCUUUUCCCGUAGAAGUGCCGAACGAAAGAAGUGCCAAGGUUGUUGACCUUUCUGAAGAAGUUGAUGAAAGUUUUCGUCUGCCGAAGGAUACAUUCCCAGUGCACUACUAUCUGCAUCUACGCACAGCUGUCCACGACGAUGGAAACCCUAAUUUCGAGGGUAAUCUAGAAUUGCAUCUGGACGUGGUUGAACCUACCAGUAGAAUCAUUCUUCUGAAUCGUGGCCUGACCAUUACUGCGGCAACGUUGAUCAAAGAAGCGGAAGACGAAGAAUUGGAACCAUCUCUACACUAUGAUGAAAGAACCGAGAAACAAGUGUUUCAAUUCGAUUCUACAUUAGAACCCGGAAGAUACAUUCUGCACGUAGAUUACACCGGUCGGUUGCAGACAUCUACCAAUUCCGGAUUUUUUCGAAAAUACUACCGUGAUGAGCAAAAUGUUCGACGCUAUCUAGCAUCCACUCAGUUCGAGCCGACCCGUGCUCGAAUGGCUUUCCCGUGUUACGACGAACCGGCUUUCAAGGCUGCCUUCACCGUAUCAAUUACUCAUCACAAAAGUUAUAGUGCCGUUUCUAACAUGCCCCAGGAUGGUGACCUCGUUGUGGAUGAAAGUGAUCCGGAGUAUGUCACAACCGUUUUCCAGACCACAGCCAAAAUGUCCUCAUACCUUUUAGCGUUUGUUGUCUCAGAUUUUGAGACGCGAACUCUCGCAGGCCAGCUCAUACACGCUCGAGCAAACGCCAUCGAUGAAACAGAAUUCGCUCUCAUCUCGGGCGUUAAAACUCUGGAGCAGCUAAGUUCCUACUACAGUGUUCCGUAUAACAAGUAUAUGCCGAAAAUCGCUCAGAUUGCUAUUCCUGACUGGGGCUCUGGAGCGAUGGAAAAUUGGGGUUUGGUUACCUAUGGAGAACCGGCUCUACUAUUCGAUCCAGCGGUGAAUACCUAUCACAACAAAAGAGGAAUAGCGACGGUGAUAGGUCACGAAUACGCUCAUCAGUGGUUCGGUAAUCUUGUUACCUGCGAUUGGUGGGGAUACAUUUGGUUGAACGAAGGUUUCGCCACUCUGUACGGCUAUUACGGAGCGGAUUUGGCAUAUCCUGGGGAACAGUACAUGGAUUUCUUCCAGCUGGAUGUUUUACAGCUGGCCCUGGCAGCUGACUCGAGUGAAUCGACGCGGCCAAUGAACUGGGACGCAGCUACGCCUACCGAGAUAUCGGGACUGUUCGACCGAAUCGCUUACGAAAAAUCCGGAAGUGUGCUGAAUAUGUUCCGCGUGGUGUUCGGUGACACGACCUGGAGGGCUGGUUUGAAGAACUAUCUAGAAAAUCGUCAACUAUCGACUGGACUGCCUGAUGAUUUGUACGGCGGCCUGCAGGACACCCAGUUGAUUGACCUCCCCAAUUCGUUGACGGUGAAGGACGUGAUGGAGUCUUGGACCAGCGUUGCUGGUUAUCCGGUCUUGAACGUUCGUCGAUUGUAUGACAAGCGGGAAGUGGUGAUUUCGCAGGACAGAUUCUGGUCAGAUAGGAGACUGCCAAAUGACCAUGUCUGGUACAUUCCAUACAAUGUGGCAAAUCAGCGGGAUGAAGAUUUUACUUUGAACGAGUUCCAGUGGUUGACUACCAAAGCGGCCCGGAUUCAGCUGGACGUUGAUGAAGAUCAAUGGGUGAUUUUCAACCGGCAACAGGUGGGAUUUUAUCGGGUGAACUACGACCCUCAGAACUGGGAGUUGAUUAUUAAGGCUCUGAUCGCAAAUCCUCAAAGCAUUCAUCCCUUCAACCGGGCCCAGUUGAUUGAUGAUGCGUUUAACCUGGCUAAAGCCGAUUUGUUGGACUUCAGCAUUGUUCUGCGUUUGAUAACCUCUUUGAAGCAUGACAUAGACUACAUCCCAUGGGCUGCAGCCAAUAACGUUUUAAAUUAUGUGCACAAAAAGCUGCUCGGUACAGCUCAUCAAUCUUCGUUCGAACGGUACGUAACCAGUUUGAUUGAUGUUGUAUACGAUGAGCUGCAUAUUGACUCGGUUAGUUCGGAUGAGACGUUGACGCAGAAAUAUUUGAAGCAACUUUUUUCCACCUGGAGCUGCCGCAUAGGGUAUAAGGAUUGCCAAGAAAAAUCUAAGAACCUACUAAACACAGCGAUACGAACCAAUGUUGGCGUUCACCCAGAUAUUGCCUCAGUGAUUUACUGCCAUGGAUUACAGCACUCCACUGAUGAAGAGUUCCGAUGGUUGUACGAUCGUAUGGCCAACUCCAAAAAUACUAACGAGCGAAAUCAGCUACUCGGUUCCUUAGCAUGUUCCAAGAACACCGAUCACCUGAAAGCGCUGUUAACAUCUUCAAUCGGAACAGUUCCAGAGAUUCAGUACUACGAAAGCGAACGGCUUUAUAUUCUUCAAGCAGUGUAUUCGGCCGGCAGAACCGGAGUUGAUGCGCUGUUACAGUUCCUCGACAACUGGGACAUGGCUGAGGAUUACAUCUACUGGAUGGAACAAUCUACAUUCAAUCUUGCGAUCCGUGCUAUCGCUGAGCGAACGAAUACGCCGGAAGAAUUGGGUCGAUUGGAGCAUUUGUUCGAGACGGUGGGAGAUUUGGCACCAGCUGAUGUAGUCGAUCAAGCUUUGGCCACGGUCAGCCAGAACUUUGAUUGGUUCAAUAGUCUGGAAGGGUUGAUUGUAAUUGACUUCCUUGAAAAUUACAGCUACGCAGAAGCCUAAAAUCAAUGUGUAAAUAAACGAAAUUGAU